UUGCUUUCAUUUUACUCAAAUUUCAGAGCUGUCAAGAAAAUUUUAAUAUUUUUAGUUUGUUGUGAGGCGUAAUUUUAAUUUCAUCAUGUCUCGCCUAUGUAAUUUAAAAGUUUUGGUACCAAAAAAUUUAUCAUUUAGAAGUGCCCUAAGGUUAACUCACACCACACCUGAAGCAGAAGAACAGCCGGAAACAGUACAGGAACCUAAAAAACCUCAAUCCAAGAGAAUGGCAGAAUUUAAGAAAAAGUUGAGGGAGACCACUUCUAUUGACGACCUUGGAACACAACCAUUAAUGCACCCUCAACAGAAAGAAGACCCCUUGCCUGCAUGGCCCAAUGACACAAAUCCAUAUACAGGUGAAGUGGGUGGACCCCGAGGUCCAGAACCUACUAGAUAUGGAGACUGGGAAAGGAAGGGCCGGUGUUCUGAUUUCUAAAAUAGCUUUUAGUAAUGUGAUUAAAAAUUAUUAUGCUGUGUAGUCAAAAUUAGUUGUUGUUUAAAUGUGAUUUGUUAGUACCUCAAUACAUAAUUUUAGGUAUGUGAUACUAAAAACAGAAUGUAGGUGUAGGUACUAGACAAUUUAUUCAUGACUUGAAUUCUGGAGUGAUUAGUUAAUGUUGCAGAUUUCUAUCUUGCCACAUUCCAUCAGUAGAUUACUAUUAUAAUUUUAGGUCUACCUUCAGUCUAAUUUAAAAUCUUCAAACAAUAUCUAUUAGAAUUGUCAUUAUUCUCUUCAAUAUUGGUAUGUAAUGAUGUGUGUCUCUAGGAGUAGAUACUUAAAAGAUUUC